CUGUGUGCAGCUUAGACAAUGUCCGAAGAUCCUGACUCUGUAUCAGAGGAAGAAAGAAGUUUGUUCCGUCCGUUCACGCGGGAGUCCCUGGCAGCGAUCGAGGCUCGCAUUGCCGAAGAACAUGCCAAGCAGAAGGAGCUCGAGAAGAAGAGAGCGGAAGGCGAGGUAGUACGUUUUGGACGGAAGAAAAAGAAAAAAGAAGUACGGUAUGACGACGAGGACGAGGACGAGGGUCCUCAGCCGGAUCCGAUGCUCGAGCAAGGAGCACCGAUCCCGGUCCGACUGCACAACGAAUUUCCACCCGAGUUGGCCUCCACACCUCUCGAGGAUAUCGAUAGUUUCUAUCAUAACCAAAGGACCUUCGUCGUCAUCAGCAAGGGAAAGGACAUAUUCAGGUUCUCAGCGACAGACGCGAUGUGGAUCCUCGACCCGUUCAACCCGAUACGACGCGUGGCCAUUUACAUAUUGGUUCACUCAAUGUUCUCCCUCUUCAUUAUCACUACAAUAUUGGUUAACUGCAUACUCAUGAUCAUGCCCACUACGCCCGCCAUCGAGUCCACGGAAGUGAUAUUUACGGGCAUCUACACAUUUGAGUCCGCCGUUAAGGUGAUGGCGAGGGGUUUCAUUCUGCAGCCUUUUACCUAUCUUAGAGAUGCAUGGAAUUGGCUCGACUUCGUAGUUAUAGCUUUAGCUUAUGUGACGAUGGGCAUAGAUCUAGGCAACCUUGCCGCUCUCAGGACAUUUCGAGUCCUCCGAGCCUUGAAGACUGUCGCUAUUGUACCAGGUCUGAAAACCAUUGUCGGCGCUGUGAUAGAAUCCGUGAAGAACCUGCGCGAUGUGAUAAUCCUGACGAUGUUCUCUCUUUCCGUCUUUGCGCUGAUGGGCCUCCAGAUUUACAUGGGGGUUCUCACGCAAAAGUGUAUAAAAAACUUUCCUGAGGACGGCUCCUGGGGUAAUCUCACCGACGAAAACUGGGAGCGAUUCGUUAGUAACGAAACUAAUUGGUACGUGGACGAGGCGAAAAAUAUGCCCCUGUGUGGAAAUUCAUCUGGAGCAGGGCAGUGCCUUCCUGGCUAUACGUGUUUACAAGGAUACGGCGACAAUCCAAAUUACGGUUACACGAGUUUCGACACCUUCGGCUGGGCCUUACUCUCCGCUUUCCGUCUGAUGACCCAGGACUACUGGGAGAACCUUUAUCAGCUGGUACUAAGAUCGGCCGGCCCGUGGCACAUGUUGUUCUUCAUCGUGAUCAUUUUUCUCGGCUCGUUUUAUCUCGUCAACUUGAUCCUCGCCAUUGUCGCGAUGUCGUACGACGAGCUCCAAAAGAAAGCCGAGGAGGAGGAGGCCGCCGAAGAGGAAGCCAUUAGAGAAGCCGUGGAGGCCGCCCAGGCGAAAGAGAACAAGCUCGCUGCUCAGGCAGCCGCUAGAGAGGCGGCGGCCCAGGCAGCCGCGAACGCUGCGGAUCACAUCGUCAAGUCGCCGUCGAACUUCUCGUGUCAGAGCUACGAGCUUUUCGUCGGCCAGGAGAGAGGGAACGACGACAACAACAAGGAGAGAAUGAGCAUACGUUCGAUCGAGUCGGAUCGGGUGAAGCAGAUCAACAACCACACGACUACCACUAAAGUACGAAAAGUCAGCGCCGCGAGCCUCAGUCUGCCGGGCUCACCGUUCAAUCUACGACGUAGCAGCCGCGGUAGCCAUCAGUUCGCGAUUAAGAACGGCCGCGGCCGUUUCGUCACACCGCCUGGCGGCGAUCGGAAGCCGUUGGUCCUUUCGACGUAUCUGGACGCGCAGGAACAUCUACCGUACGCGGACGAUUCGAACGCUGUGACGCCAAUGUCGGAGGAAAAUGGUAUCAUCGUGGUGUCCGGUUACUACGCGAAUCUCGGCUCCAGGCACUCGUCGUACACGUCGCACACGUCACGGUUCUCUUACACAUCACACGGCGAUCUGAUUGGAGGCCUGGCGAACGCCGGUAAACCGAUGACCAAGGAGAGCCAGCUGAGGAUCAGAUCGGUCAGGCCGCCGUCGGUGAACGGACAUUUCGCCGAUUCUAAUCAGAAGUACCAUUAUGAGGCUGAUUUGGACGAUCCCAUGGGCAAAACGAAGCAACAAGACAAUCCGUUUGUAGAGCCUUCUCAACCACACGCCGUGGUUGACAUGAAAGAUGUGAUGGUACUGAAUGAUAUUAUUGAGCAAGCCGCGGGCCGUCAAAGCCGUACACCCGAGCAAGGAGAAGACGACGAUGAAGAAGGGCCCACGUUCAAGGACAAACUGUUGGCCGCGGUGCUACGUUGCAUCGAUAUCUUUUGCGUGUGGGACUGCUGCUGGUUGUGGCUUGAGUUUCAAAAAUACGUGUCUCUUUUGGUGUUCGAUCCAUUCGUAGAGCUUUUCAUCACCCUUUGUAUCGUCGUCAAUACACUCUUCAUGGCGCUGGAUCAUCACGACAUGGACAAGGACAUGGAACGCGUGCUCAAGACCGGAAACUACUUUUUCACGGCGACGUUCGGUAUCGAAGCGACGCUGAAGCUAAUCGCGAUGAGCCCGAAGUACUACUUUCAAGAAGGAUGGAAUAUUUUCGAUUUUAUCAUCGUCGCGCUCUCGCUGCUGGAGUUAGGCUUAGAAGGUGUGCAAGGUCUUUCCGUGUUACGAUCGUUCAGAUUACUAAGAGUGUUCAAACUGGCGAAAUCAUGGCCCACGUUGAAUUUGCUGAUCUCCAUCAUGGGUAGAACGGUGGGUGCGUUGGGUAACCUGACGUUCGUCUUGUGCAUCAUCAUUUUCAUAUUCGCCGUGAUGGGUAUGCAACUAUUUGGGAAGAACUACACAGACAACGUCGAUCGUUUCCCGGACGGGGAUCUACCGAGAUGGAAUUUCACCGAUUUCAUGCACUCGUUCAUGAUCGUGUUUCGCGUGUUGUGCGGGGAAUGGAUCGAGUCGAUGUGGGACUGUAUGCUGGUCGGCGAUGUCUCUUGCAUACCGUUCUUCCUCGCCACGGUAGUCAUCGGUAAUCUGGUUGUGCUGAAUCUCUUCUUGGCCUUGUUGCUGAGCAACUUCGGCUCGUCGAAUCUUUCGGCGCCGACCGCUGACAACGAUACGAACAAGAUCGCGGAGGCGAUCGAUCGAAUAGCACGUUUCGUUAAGUGGGUCAAGCGAAACGUCCUAUAUCUUGCUAAAAUGAUGCGAGCCAAAUUCACCAAUCAGAUAUCCGAUCAGGCGCCAGGUGAGGGACCGUCCAACAAUGGAAUUGAUCGCGACGGGGACCUAGAUCUUGCAGAUGGCGAGCUCGAUGCGUACAGGGAUAAAAAGAGUGCCAAGGAGCUGAACCAACUGGAAGUUGCGAUUGGGGAUGGAAUGGAAUUCACAAUUCACGGAGAUGUAAGGAACAAGUUGAAGAGUGGCAAACUGUGCAUGAACAACAGCAAAAUCAUCGGCAACUCGAUAAACCAUCGUGACUACAGGCUGGACCAUGAUUACAUUAAUCAGAACGAGGAUGACACCAUCAGUAUCAAGUCGUACGGCAGCCACAAGAACAUGGCGUUUAAGGAUGAGAGUCACAAGAGUAGUAUGGAUUCGUUGGACGGAGAAGAGAAGAAGGAUGCUAGCAAGGAAGACCUGGAACAAGAAGAUGAUCUUGGAAAAGAGGGAGACGAGGACGGCGGUUUAGACGACGUGAUCAUUCAAGCAGACGAAGACCCGAUCGAAUCUGAUUAUCCAGCUGAUUGUUGUCCAGAGAAUUGUUACAAAAAGUUUCCAUUCUUGGCCGGCGACGAUGACGCUCCGUUCUGGCAGGGUUGGGCGAACUUGAGACUGAAGACCUUCCAACUAAUUGAGAACAAGUAUUUUGAGACUGCCGUCAUUUUGAUGAUUCUUUUGAGUAGUAUGGCUCUCGCCUUGGAAGAUGUGCAUCUUCAAUCACGACCCAUUCUGCAAGAUAUCUUGUAUUACAUGGACCGAAUAUUCACUGUGAUUUUCUUCCUCGAGAUGUUAAUCAAAUGGUUGGCUCUGGGCUUCAAAAAAUAUUUCACGAACGCUUGGUGCUGGCUUGAUUUCAUCAUUGUCAUGGUGUCACUCAUUAACUUCGUAGCGUCGCUCUGUGGCGCUGGCGGGAUCCAAGCCUUCAAAACAAUGAGGACCCUAAGGGCCCUAAGGCCACUCAGGGCGAUGUCUAGAAUGCAGGGAAUGCGGGUAGUCGUCAACGCUUUGGUUCAAGCCAUUCCAUCCAUUUUCAACGUGUUACUGGUGUGUCUUAUCUUCUGGCUGAUCUUCGCCAUCAUGGGUGUACAACUUUUCGCCGGAAAAUAUUUCAAGUGUGUAGACGCGAACAAAACAACAUUGAGCUACGAAAUAAUUCCCGAUCGAAACGCUUGUAUAGCCGAGAAUUAUACCUGGGAGAAUUCCCCAAUGAACUUCGACCACGUAGGGAAAAACGACGCUAUCGAUUCCCGAGAGCUCAACAAACAACCAAUCCGCGAAACGAACAUCUACAUGUAUUUCUAUUUUGUAUUCUUCAUUAUAUUCGGAUCGUUUUUUACCCUUAAUCUAUUCAUUGGAGUUAUCAUCGACAACUUUAACGAGCAGAAGAAGAAAGCUGGCGGUUCGCUCGAGAUGUUCAUGACGGAAGACCAGAAGAAAUAUUACAACGCCAUGAAGAAGAUGGGCAGCAAAAAACCGCUCAAAGCCAUUCCACGGCCGAGAUGGAGGCCGCAGGCGAUAGUGUUUGAAAUAGUGACGGACAAAAAGUUCGAUAUGAUAAUCAUGUUGUUUAUCGGGCUGAACAUGUUAACGAUGACGUUGGACCAUUAUCAACAGACCCAGACAUUCAGCGAUGUUCUGGACUAUCUGAACAUGAUAUUCAUUGUGAUAUUCACCAGCGAGUGUCUCAUGAAGAUCUUCGCGCUGCGUUACCACUAUUUCAAGGAGCCGUGGAACCUCUUUGAUUUUGUUGUUGUUAUAUUGUCAAUAUUAGGUCUGGUGCUCAGCGACAUUAUCGAGAAAUACUUCGUCUCGCCGACGUUGCUUCGUGUAGUAAGGGUGGCGAAAGUCGGUCGUGUGCUUCGACUCGUGAAAGGUGCCAAGGGUAUUCGAACUCUCCUCUUCGCCCUGGCGAUGUCGUUACCAGCCCUCUUCAAUAUUUGCCUAUUGCUCUUUUUGGUGAUGUUUAUCUUCGCAAUCUUCGGAAUGUCAUUCUUCAUGCACGUCAAAGACAAAAGCGGGCUGGACGAUGUGUACAAUUUCAAAACGUUUGGACAGUCGAUGAUAUUGCUAUUCCAGAUGUCUACGUCUGCCGGCUGGGACGGUGUGCUCGAUGGUAUAAUAAACGAGGAGGACUGCCAAGAGCCGAACAACGAGAUCGGUUAUCCGGGGAACUGUGGUUCCUCGACGAUCGGUAUCGCGUAUCUCCUCUCGUACCUGGUGAUCAGCUUUCUGAUCGUGAUAAACAUGUACAUCGCCGUGAUCCUCGAGAAUUAUUCCCAGGCGACCGAAGACGUCCAAGAGGGUCUGACGGACGACGAUUACGACAUGUACUACGAGAUCUGGCAGCAAUUUGACCCAGACGGGACACAGUACAUCAGAUACGAUCAGUUGUCCGAGUUCCUGGACGUGCUGGAACCGCCAUUACAGAUACACAAGCCGAACAAGUACAAGAUCGUGUCGAUGGAUAUCCCCAUAUGUAAGGGUGACCUUAUGUUCUGCGUGGACAUCCUCGAUGCCCUCACAAAGGACUUCUUCGCGCGUAAAGGCAAUCCGAUCGAAGAGACAGCGGAGAUCGAGGUACAGACACGUCCAGGUGAGACCGGCUACGAGCCGGUCUCGUCGACCCUCUGGCGUCAACGGGAGGAGUACUGCGCUCGUUUAAUACAGAACGCGUGGCGCAAGCACAAACAGCAACGGCUUGGCGGGCCAAGCGAGGAGAGCGACGACGCGGACACGGAUCCCAGAGUCAGGCAGACAGCGGUGCUGGUCGAGAGCGACGGUUUCGUGACGAAGAACGGACAUCGAGUGGUGAUACACAGCCGUUCGCCGAGCGUCACCUCGAGGACCGCGGACGUCUGAUCGGGCGACGUUGACGUGUCACCAACAGCCGCCAUCGUCGCGUAUAGCCAAGCGUCGCCGUGUCCUGUAAACACACCGGCUGGACGGCGAUCGGUCCAUUGUUUCAAUCACGUGGACGACGUGCUUUAAACAAGAGGCCACCGCGCGCUGAAAGUGUCGACGAACCUGCAACCGACAGGGCCGUCGAUCACAUCGUGGACACCACCGUGUACGGACACACACCGCUCUUGGGAAGAGCAGCCGGCCUCCACGGACCUCGCUCUCUCUCUCUCUCUCUCCAUCGACAGCCUUAUAGUUGUAUAAAACAAAGAAACAAAAAGAUAAACACUAAUACAUUCCUCCAACGAGUUGCCUUUGAAUCGACUCUGAAAACGCCAUUGAUAACGUUGGGAGAGCGCAGUCACUGCUAGCUGAAACGAGCCGAGGACGAGACAGAGAACAGUCCAAGAGAAUAGUAGUUCGAGGGAGCUGUAUAUCGGAAAUAAAUAAGAAGACUG